UCGCGCUGUAGUAGAUUCCAAAAACAAAAAAAGCGGAUUUGCACCAGACGACACGACUCACCUGCCCAUAUAUGCGUGUCAUGCCCGUGCUCAGCCCGAUGCAUCAUGCACCACCACACCCGUCAAGCUCCAACGCUGAGCCUGAGCGCAUGGAGGGCAGCACGUCGUUGCGGCACCUCGUCGAGUACGAGUGCUUCUUCUUCGGGUGGCUCGACGACAGCGCACGGCACUCGCCGCCGUCCUUGGACCGCCUCGUCCACAGCGUCGGUCAUUCCUUCCGAAUCUCAACGUCGUCCUCCUUCAUCGACUUGUACCCCCACGACGAUCUCUUCUCCAUCGACUUAGACUUAGCCACGGCGGCGAGCGACUUCGACUUCGACCUGCCGGUAGUAGACGAUGCCGCACCGUCCCCGAUGCUGCAGAUCAGCGCGAGCCGCCUCCUCCCCUGCGACUGCGAGCCCGGAGGCGGCGGCGGCUCCGGCGCGCAAGAAGCCGGCGACGAGUCGGUGAUCACCAGUCGGCAUCACAGUGCGGACGCCCCGAGCGCGCUGUGGUUGUCAGCCUUGUCGUCGCCGGUCUCCCACUCGGCGCGGAGCACGCUAGUCUCGCUGAGUGCGUGCACCAGCGCGACGAGCAAGCACUCCAGGUCGCGGUCGACGUUGUGUGCCGGGAGGCGCCGCGCGGGGUCGUCGGCGCCCUGGAAGGUGCUGCGGUUCGUGAUGCCACUGUACCGGAAGGUCAGGGCGAUCGCGCGGAGGCACAGCAGCAGGUUCACGUUGGCGGCGAGCCCGGCGCGCGGGGCCACGUCGAGCAUCGCGUACCACGGCAGGGCCGCCGACACGGACGUCCAUGACGCCAUCCACUAUAGCAAGAAGUCCAGCGGAUCAGGUGUGCAGGAGACUAAUCACAUGUCAGCCAAAUGAUUUUCUAAAUCCGUGACAGGUUAAAUAAACCCCUUCUGUAUAUUACAAAAACACGACGAUUUGGAGAUUUCUAUAAAAUAUACUACCUCCAUCUCAAAGUAUAGGACGUUUUUUAGGCCAUAGUUUUAGACAUCUUAUAUUUUAAGACAGAGGUGAUCUAACAGAUAUUAUAGUAUUAGUUUACGGAGGGAGUAGUUUGUAACAGAAAGGGAAAAUGUAACAGAUAUUACAGUUUUCAUAUGAAAUGAAGUUCAAUGGGGUCAGUAGGAAAAUUUCCUAAAGGAUUAUGUCAAAAUACUAAACACCGAAUAUCCAUGGGAAUAACCAUGUAUGUCCUGACCUUCAGAACGAAUGUUAUUUCGACAACGAGUCACUCAGAUUAUUCCCACCAACCUAACUCAGAUCGUUGUUUUUAUCGCUUCAGUUUUUUUUCCUCAUUACCUUGGCAGAGCUUCGGUCUUAUAUGACUUAGCUCUUUGCUAUCGUAUCCCGCGAUGCUACAUUAUGAGUCAAUAAAAACAUACUUUAUCAGAAAAAUAUGUCCAAAUCGAAUUACACAGGAGCGUCUCAAAAAAGACUAGUGACGGACUAAUACAUAUGAUAUAUGAACUAGCGUCGCCAUCGAUCGAUCAACAUGAUCCUGUGCAAGAAAGCAACUCCACAACGGGAACACGACCCAGAAUCCCGAUUUACUAUGAUAGUGGCAGUAAUGAUAAGGCAGGAGGGUCGUUUCUUGAAAGAUACCGGCUGAUCACGUGUCACAUGGUCAUGGUGCCACGAGAGUAGGAUUUAACCGAAAAAGACUUUCGCCCCGCUUUAUAAAUAAAGCAAACCGCCACAGAGCACACAUACAUGGACUAGUUCAAAUACACGCACCCAAGUCUCACACACAAGUAUGAAGGUUCUGCUGAGGGCACAGGUCAACAAGCCCAAAAAAACUAAAAGAGAAGAGCCGGGGGCCCCAACAAGCAUCUAAUCGGGUUCCAGCGGUGGCGAAGGGGGCGGUGGAGACAGACGGACGGCCAUCGAGCGGAGAUCGGCGAUGAAGGCAGAGAUGGCGUCCCGGUCAUCAGGGCGGCUA